AUGGACAUCAUCCGUUACACCCCCGAGCAGCUCAUGCAGCUCAGGGAGUCGCCGCUGGUCCACAAGCCGGAAGGGCUCCCCUCAAUAGAUCAAUGGAUGGAGAAUGCCAACGAGAAUGGCCAACGCAACAAGACCCGCGCGCAGAACAACAUUCGCGGUGACGACUCGACUGUCCAGGAGAACGGUGGGUCCCAGCGAUCAACCCUCUUUCAGCCGAAGCAUGGUAUCCGUAACACAAACGCCGUCUCCGAAGACAUCAUUCUCGGACCUCCUAAGGUCGCAUUCGCCUCAUCAUCACGUGUCCCCAAGCUUUCUGAUCUGGACAAGGAGGAGGACGUUGCCCAUGAUCGCGCUAAUCUCCGCGACAAGUUUUUCAAGGAGCGCGAGAGCGAAAAGAAUAAGACCGGGACUAGCGCUGCUCGCCGUCCUGGACGUGAAGACCUUGAGGGGUGGAUGAACGUUCGUGGCCGCCGGACAUCCUUGAGCCAAGACGAUCAAGAACAAUUGGCCAGGAUCGGUGAGCAUAGAAGCCGGUUCAACCGCGACGGCGAGGAAGAAACGCCGCGUCGCAAUGGCGCUGGACGCAAUAGGUUCGAACAGCCUUGGGGUCGCGAGACUCCGGGCUCCAACGCCAAGGAGACCGAUACUUCGCAACGUGGUUGGCGCGACCGUGAAUGGACGAGAGGAAAUCGCCUAGAAGAAGAUCCGGAGUGGAUGGACACGCCGGUGAAGAAGAAAGACGAAAUUGGCAUGGCCCGUUUCCAACGCCCAAAGGGCCCAGAGUGGCUUGAAGACGAAUCGAAGGAUGACAAGAAGCCGCAUACCCAGGAGGACUUCCAGCGUUGGAAGGAGCGGAUGAAGGCCAGUGCCUCUGGAAGUGACGACAAAGAGAUCACUCCUGAGCCAGAAGUACCGUCCAAGGAUACUCCACCAGUAUCCUCAAAGCCCAUCACUCCUCUUGUCUUCGAAGGGAAGGACAUGUUCGGCAUAUUCGGCGCAGAUCGCACCAAGCUGGAUGCCCCAGCUACCACCGAAGGUACGCCAGCUCCUAAGCCGAAACCUGCGAAGGCAUCCAGGUUUGCCAAGCUCUUUAGUCCACAGGAGGAGCAGCAACAACAGCAACAACAGCAACAACAGGCGCCUCCGCCAUCGCAACCACCCGCAAUGCAAGAGGCCAAUGGGUCCAAUGAAGACAAGGAAGGGUUCCAACGAAUCCUCCAGAUGCUUGGGAGUACGAACAUUGCGUCGCAACCUCCCACUCCUGCCUCUGCCGCAAAUAGUCGUAAGGCGUCAAUGUUCCCUCCACCUGAACAACAGUCGCCAGCUCCCGAGCGCGAGACUGUGCCGUUGCAGCCGCAACCUCUCAGGCACCAUAUGCUACGCUCUAGGGAGGAAAAGGCAGGUUUCAUCGAACAAGUGCUGGCGCCUCGUGGAACCCCGACGGAAUUCAAGGGCCCUGGUGCUUUCGGACCGUACUCGCCGAGCAUUGAACUUGGCCAAGGCCAUGAGCAAGUCCGUAAGCCGGAUGGCCGUGCAGAGUCGAUUCGUUCGCCCGAGGAGCGCAUCCAGGCUUCUCCUGCCGCUAGUGGAAUGGGGCCAUUUGGUAUUCUUCAAUCUUCGGCCGGCAAUCAAGCUCCGCCGCCGGCUCAGCUGUCCCGCGAUCGGGAGUUCUUGUUGAACCUCAUGACACAGACUCAGCGGAACACGCCACCUCAACCCCAGAAUGUGCGCCCGCCUCCUCCGGAGAUCAACAACUUUGGCGGAAUCUUCCUCGAGAACCAACCUCCGUUCCAGCAGAGGAAGCCCACGAUGCCGCCUGGUCUUAUGGAAGACAGACAGUUCCCUGAAAAUGAUAUCCGUCAUGAAUCCAGAAGGACGGCGAUCGAACAUCCCUUGUCCUAUGAGGAAACCAUGAGACGUGCAAGGCGCUUUAACCUCCCUGUGGAUCUUCACGACCCAGCUGUCCAAGAAGCCAGGCGUCGUAAUGUCGAUCUUGCGGCCCGCCCUCCUGUGGAGCAUGUGAUGCCGCCUGUGCCUCUCCGUUACGACCAGAUGGGUGGCAAUAUGGGAAUCCCUCAGCAACCGGCGUUUGACAGAUACAGCCGGAUGCCUUCCGCGAUUCAGAACGAGAGACAGCCGCCAAUGACGACCAUGGCUCCGCCGCCAGGUCUUCCUCCUGCGCCUCCUGCGCGCGGUCCUCCCGGAUUUGGAAUGGGAUCUAUGCCUGGGUUCUCCGCUGGUGGCACUCCUAUCGGUCAUCCGAGCAUUCAGGUUCAGCGUGGACCUCCGGGAACUGGACCAGCUGGUCCUGCAGGCAUGUUUCCUCAUGGGCCUCCGCCGCCCGGAUAUUUCUCUCCGCCCCCGCCUCCUGGAUUCGCUCCUGGACCUGGGCCCAUGCCUAUGGGACUGGCGAGCCCUCCAGAGCAGCCAAUGAUGCGCAUGCCCGCCGCUGGUCCUCCUCCUGGCAUGAUGCAUCCGAUGUUUGCCGAUCGUCCCCUCGGCGCUAGAGGUCAGGGCCAGGGCCAGGGUCCAUACGGCCUCUAG